AAAACAUUGUGCUACGCUAUGCACUUGUGAAGUCAACCCUGGCAUGUACUGUUUUUCUCUCUCUUUCCUCUCACCCCUCUCUUAUCUACUCACCCCCUAUCUCAUUUCUUCUCUGUAUUAGUUUUUAAAACCAACGCGCGCAGUUUUAGUGAUACAACAACACCACGUUUAGUAGCCAAACGUCGCCCAAAUAAUGUUUUUAUACGCCGAAGUAUAAGUGAAAGUACAAAUAGCUAAAGCUACACGAGCUCACUGAAAUACGACGCGAGAAAGAUUUUGGGGACAAGAUAUCCUUCAUGUUGUGACAUACCAGUGAUGGGGCAGAAUCACACCCGGUGACAUGGCUUGUACAAGGCAAUCCGCUUUAGAGUACAUUCAAAAUGGAAGGAGACUCCUUGUUGAAAGGCUCCAGAAUCUGUCCCUCAUUGUGGAAAACCUGUUCCAGCGCAAGGUUCUUCAGGAGGAGGAAGUCAGUAAAAUUCAGGCAGAAGUUGACCGUUUUGACCAAACCAGAAAAAUACUGGACUGGGUCACGGCCAAAGGAGAAGCUGCAUGCUACGAGUUACUGAUGAUUCUAGACAUCACAAGGAAGAGGACCUUAGACAACGCUGACUUACAGCAAUGGAUCAGCUGCUUCCCCUUCAAGGAAGACCCAGAGAUGUCAGACUACCUUGUUGGUUCAAAACCCUGUCACAGAUAUCAGUCACAGCUGAAAUGUAAAGCUCGAAAGAUCACAGAGGCUGCAUGGAGACAAAGCUGUAGUCUCCUACCAGAGAGGUGUAGAAAUGAGGUGACUUUCUCUUACACUCCUCUUGUGUUAGAUACAGACGUGCCUUCAUCUCUCUCUAAAAUCGAAACGAAGAGCAAAAGAUGCAAGAAAGCUCGCCCUAAAAAGCUAAAGAGCUUCAUCCCCGUGGCCAAACAGGAAACAUCCCCGACUGACCUGCUUAAAACACCCAAGAGAAGGAUCCUCUUAGUUGGAAAACCUGGAAUUGGAAAGACAGCAGUCGCCCAUCAAAUGUUGAACCUCUGGGCACAGAAAGAUCACAGAGAACUAGAUUACAUGUUUUACUUUGAUGUGAGAGACAUUUCACCCAGCACACAUCCCAUGAGACUGGAGGACCUUCUCUUUAACAUGUACAGUGAGCCAGAAGAAAGUAGAGAAGAAGUGUUACAGGAUAUUAAGAAGAACUCUGAAAACGUUGUCAUCAUUUUUGAUGGAAUCACAGACCUCUCCUCUCAUUCGGUGAUAAAGAAACUUGUGGACAAGGACCUCCUCCUUGAUGCAAAGAUUGUGAUCACAUGCAGACCAGAGGUUCCAUCAGGAGACUUCCUGACAGACUGGCUCUCGUUCAGAGUGGAGGUGAAAGGGUUCAGUAAUGAGUCCAUCCGGGCUUACUUAACAAAGAUGUUGAGUGCUGAGCCUAACCCUACGCCAAACCAUGAUUCCUUGAGCAUUGUGUUAAACAACCUAGAGUUGUUCAGUCUGUGCCAUGUCCCGAUGUAUGCAUUGAUGGUGGUUGCCUGCAUGUAUUAUUCCACCCAAGAGGCUUCUAAGCAGCCAUGGCCUACAACUAAGAUGUACAUCAACAUCCUCCGUUACUGCAUCCUAAAACACAGUGGCAAACAGAUGAAUGAUCUCGACAAGUGUCUCGCAGAAAACAGAGAAAGAAUAUUGUCUUUAGCAGAAAUGGCUUUCGAUGCAACACAGCAAAAAACGAUGAACUUGACAGAACUGAGCUACGAAGUAAGCAGUGUCCAGUUUUCUUUCUUGAGGGCUCUUAUGAUUAUGGUUGAGCCCACAGUAUCAGACACUUACUCUGCAUUUCUCCAUUACACAAUGCAGGAGUUCUUUGGUGCCCUUUGGCUCUUACAGAAUCCAGACAAAAUCAGAGAUGUUCUACAGAAGUGCCAGACUGAAGAAUGGAAACACACAAAACACAUGGUUCCUUUCAUGUGUGGGCUUCUGAAUGAGAGGAAUAUUCGAUUGGUAAAUGGUCUAGUUCCAGCUCAACAGAUCAAGAAGACAUCAGAUUGGUUCUUCAAGGAAGUGGUAAACACAUUUCUUCCACUUCAAACAAACCAAGAUCAUGCAGAAGGUGGUGCUCCUGAGUUUGAGAGAGAUCUUCUGUUUUUAUGUCAGUGCUUGUAUGAAUCUCAGUCUACUGAGGCCUGUUUGCUUCUUCUGGACAAACUGGACUACACUCUAGACCUGGAUGAAGAACAUCUUGAUCCUCACCAGUGCUGUGCAGUCUCCUAUAUGAUCAGUCAGUCUGCAGAGAGAAAGGUUGACUUGGACCUGAACAGCUGCACUGUGUCAGACCAAGGACUAAGGCUGAUACUGGGCUCUCUGAAGAACGUCCGAUAUCUCAGAUCUGACCCAUCAAUGCUGUGUCAACUCUGGACAACUUUGCUGCGCAGUGAGGCAGACAUUGACUUCACUAGCUUACUUGGGCUCUGUGGAAAUGAGUUGCACCUUCCAUUCCAGGGUGAAAGACGAGUUUUUGUGAGAGCAGAAGAAGUGAUGAAGCAGAGCCUAGAGAGGGUUAACCUCUGUCUACACUGGGAUCGGAGAACUCUUCUCAGUGAGGCUCUCAGCAAGACCAUUUUAAAGUGUUUAACACAUAUCAACAAACUCCAUUUUACCCCACUACAAGAUCAGAGAGAAUCCCCUGAAAAACUAGAGAAAGAAGAGAAAGCAGUCCUACUAGAUUUGUGUCUACAAGCAGGAUUAUGUCACAGAGAAACGUUCCAGGGUGCUGUGAACACACUGCUGUCACUGUUCUCUGUGUAUCAAACUGAAAGAUAUGACAUCUUGCUGGAUCUGUACUCACAUGUGAAGUACAAUAGGAAACAAGCAGGCAGAAGUAUCCUUCCAUCAUUGAGACCACUUUACCAGCCAGCUCCUGCAGUCUGGUUCAUAGAUCUCUCAGAGAGAAAGGUCUCCCUCCUCCUAGAAGUGCUGAAACUCCAACCAGAGAAGAAAUCAGUAGAGCUGAAAGGCUGGUCAGAUGAAGAGAGUGAAGUGAGGAGUUUCCUUCAGUGUCUGCCCUACAUCUCACAACUGAGGUUUGCUCCACCACAGGAUCAGAUAGGAUCCCCUGAAGAGUGGAGAAAGAGAGAGAAGACAUUCCUACUGAAUCUGUGUCUUCAAGCAGCCCUCCAUGAGAGAGAAACCAUACAAACAACUGUAGAGAAAGUGUUGUCACUGUCUGAAGUUUAUCACGAUCAGAAAUGGGAGCUCCUGCUGCAUCUGUACUCUCACGUGAAGGACUAUGAGACUCAAACAGGCAGGAGUGUCCUUCCAGCAUUACAGACAGUUUACCAGUCAGCUCCUGCAGUCUGGUGCAUAGACCUCUCAGAGAGAAAGGCUUCCCUCCUCCUUGAAGUGCUGAAACUCCAACCAGAGAAGAAAUCAGUAGAGCUGUGGGACUGGUCAGAUGAAGAGAGUGAAGUGAGGAGUUUCCUUCAGUGUCUGCCCUACAUCUCACAACUGAGUUUCUGUCCAUGGUGGUCUGAUCCCUCAAAGCUGAUCAAGUUCCUGGUGGGUCUCCUGUCUCAAGCAGCAGAGUGGGAGGAGCAGUCAGGAGAGAAGACACUGAAGCUGGUAUCAUCAGUGUGUACUUACAGAACCUUCCCUUUCUGUGACGGGGAUGAUGAGGAUGAGUGGUUUCAAUGUGAUCUCCUGCUGGAUCUGUACUCACAUGUGGAGGACUAUGAGACUAAAACAGGCAGGAGUGUCCUUCCAGCAUUACAGCCACUUUACCAGCCAGCUCCUGCAGUCUGGUUCAUAGAUCUCAGAAAGAGAAACGUCUCCCUCCUCCUAGAAGUGCUGAAACUCCAACCAGAGAAGAAAUCAGUAGAGCUGUGGGACUGGUCAGAUGAAGAGAGUGAAGUGAGGAGUUUCCUUCAGUGUCUGCCCUACAUCUCACAACUGAGGUGAGUCUGAACAUGUGUGGUGGUUAGUGAUUAUGUGAUGCUAGUGAUUAUUGUCUUUUAGAAACCUGGUAAAUAUAAAAGUUCAAAUGUUGGUGAAUCUGGUAACAUUUAUACUCAGAUUUCCUGAAUGAACAUGUUGCAUUAAGAAAUGUCACACAU